GAGCCGGAGCGGGAGCGGGAGCAUAGCUUAGCCACCACCGCCUCUUGGUCCCAGCCGCCGCCUCCUUCCUUGCUCCUGCUCCAGCCCCAGCCCCAGCCCCAGCCUGGACCCGUACUUGGGGCGGCAGCAAUCGAAGCCUUUGGUCCGAUCCAGUCCAGCUUGGUCCGGCCCGAAACUAGAGCCCGGCCCAGCAUGGCAGCGGAGGCCCCUGCCCCCGGUCCCAGUCGUUUCCCGGCCCGGUUCAGCGUCCAUCCCUGCCUCUGAAGGACUCCCGACGGAGGUCCCUGGGAGCCCGGCGUCCCUACCCUCCAGCCCGCAUCCCCUACACUAGUUGAACUGCGGCCCGGACUUCCCGGAUCCCCCAAGUUCUGCACAUCUCCGCCUCCCUCUGUCGUGCACCCCGAUCUCCAGCAACUGACGCCCUCCGCACUGCACCCCCGAGUUCCACCACCCGGAACCCUCAGCCUUGCGUCUGCCAUCCCCUCAGCCCUCCCUCCUCCCUCUCUUCCAGCUCUAAUCCCCUCUUCCCACAUCCUCGGCCCCUCCAGGUCCCAGAUCGCCCCUGGCCUUGCGACCCUUUCCCGAACUCUCCUGCCCCAGGACCCGGGACUCCCGAGUCCUAUACUCCUUGGUUAGGGGUUCCUCGUAGUCGCCCCCGCCCCCUCCACUCCCCUGAGCUCGCGCCCCCAGCGGCGGCGCCAUGGCCAAGGACCAACUGCGGCCCCGGCUGUGCCGGAUGAUCAAGGGCGAGCAGGGCUAUGGUUUCCACCUGCACGGAGAGAAGGGUAAAAGUGGCCAAUUCAUUCGCAAGGUGGAGCCGGGCUCCCCGGCGGAGGCGGCGGCACUGCGCGCUGGAGACCGACUGGUGGAGGUGAAUGGGGUCAACGUGGAGAAGGAGACGCACCUCCAGGUAGUACAGAGGAUCAAGGCUGUAGAGGGUGAGACCCGGCUCCUGGUAGUGGACAAGGAGACAGACGAAUACCUGGCCAGCCUGCAUCUGACCUGCACAGAGGAGAUGGCUAAUCACGGGGUUCCACCUUCAGCUCCCAUAGCCCCCCAAGAUAAUGGCAACUUGUGGGAGCCCCAGCCAGAGACCUGGCCCCCAAGGGCUAUGGGUGGCAGCUUCAGCAGCCGGAAGGAUGUGCCUGGAACUCCUCGGGAGCUGCGCCCACGUCUCUGCCACCUCCACAAAGGCCCCAACGGCUAUGGCUUCAAUCUGCAUAGUGAGAAGUCACGGCCUGGACAGUACAUUCGUGCUGUGGAUGCUGGGUCACCUGCUGCCCGCUCUGGUCUUCAAGCCCAGGAUCGGUUAAUCGAGGUAAAUGGCCGAAAUGUGGAGGGACUUCGUCAUGCUGAAGUUGUGUCCAGCAUCAAGGCCUAUGAAGAUGAAGCACGGCUGCUUGUGGUUGACCCUGAGACUGAUGCCUACUUCAAGAGACUACGGGUGGUCCCUACUGAAGAACAUGUCACGGGUCCACUGCCUUCCUUGAUUACCAAUGGAAUGAGCCCACCCCAGAUCAAUGGUGGCUCGACUUGCUCAUCUCAGAGUGACCUGCAGAAUGUGGACAAGGACACAGAGGACAAUGACAUGGCCAAGAGGGACCCAUUCCAGGAGAGUGGACUCCACCUAAGCCCCACCGCUGCAGAGGCCAAGGAGAAGGCCCGGGCAAAGAGAGUCAACAAGAGGGCACCGCAGAUGGACUGGAACAAGAAGCGAGAGAUUUUUAGCAACUUCUGAAACCCUGUUCCUUCCCCAUCCCGCACAGCCAGUGCCUCCUCCUGCUUCUCCCUGAAGGAAAGGAACUAGGGAACUCCUUGCCAGGAGGCACAGGCUGUGUGCUCAACUGCCCCCACCCCCUUCCUGAGGCCAGAACUCCAGCGCUUAUCUUCAACCUGUGGCUGAGGAGCCUCUGGCUGAGGUGGGGAGGGGGGCUUCCUCUUGGUCCCAAGGAUUUGGCCUGGUCUGCCCUCCCCAAGUCCCACUGCCUGCCUACACCCUUGUUGCUGGAAGAGCCACUUCCCUCCCCAUCCCCCUACCCCCACUGGAGCCUCAGUGAGGCAGGACCAGAGAAUGGGUCUCUUUAGCUCCAGCAGCCAAACCUGACCCUGGGGGCUGGACCCUUGCUGAAACUCCUGGUGUUUGCUCUUGUCUCUUUGGGGAUAUGUUCCUUGAAAGGGAGGCAAGAGAGGGAGAAAGAUUGAGAGAGACACAGAGAGCCAGAGAGAAAA